AUGAAGGGGGUGGUUGUGGACUCCAUGGAGAACGCCCAGAAGAAGCUCAUGGACGAGGUCGCACGGAAGAUCGACGGCGUGUCAUCCAACAUCGCGAGUACCACCGAGAAAGCGAUCACAACUAGUGGCGUCAUGAACUCCCUCAACAUCAUCAUCGCGAUGCUUUCCGGGCGUGCAGCACCGCAACAAGUCCCCGAUGUACCGCGUGGGAAGGAGGUCGCGGAGAAGGAGGCAGGGAAGAAGGAGGUUGGGAAGAAGGCCGCGGACAAGGAGACAGGGAAGAAGGCCGCGGGCAAGGAGACAGGGAAGAGGGUCGCGGACAAGGAGACAGGUAAGUGUGAGAGCAGCAGGGGUGGGAAUCGGCAGAAAGGGGUCGCGAUCCUUAGCGUCUCCGACCUUCUUAAGACCAAGGGUGGCGCGGUUGUCAAGCGUGCUGCGGGGACCACCAGGGGGGCUGCUGCUGCUGCUGGGCCACCGCCUGCGACAUCGGGGGUGGAAGCUGGUAAAGGCAAGGCCAAGGUCGAGGACGCCCCGCCAAACACCACCUCCACCACCACCGCCAUCACCACCGCGAUUGUGCCCGCGUCAGGCAACUCCGCCGCGGUCGCGACAGGACAGCCUGGACCCAGCUCUAUCGCCCCUGCCAUCCCCCCCUCUGCAGAUGUGAAGGCGAAGAAUCAGGGCUGCAGUGGUUGUAAGCCUCCUGCAGUCGCGUUGAAGACUGAACGCGACGACGACGACGACUCUGACGCGGACGAUGAGGUUGAGCUUGUGCUGCAGAGGUUCUUGGGGCCAAGCGACACCAGCGGCACAAGCGGCAAGCGCAAGGGCUGUGGUAUCCGCCCUCCGUCCAGGGGUGGGGAGGGGAUGGUGGGUGAACCGUGCCUGGGGGGGAGACGUCGCUGGCUCGGACAUCACUCUCUCCAAGAGGUGCAGUACCUAACCGCGAUCGCGGUGAUGUGUUACGACAAGAAGAUAGACCCCGGGCUCAAGCUGACUGUGCAGCAGAAGAGUGAGUGGGCCGAGGACAUCUCCGCUGCUGGGACGAUGUGCACCGGGCUAUUCGCCACCAUGCACCUCCGCAACCUUUGCGGCAAUGUUGACAGGUACCACCACAUGUUCAAGGCCUACCGCGACCUCACCCGCCGCGGGUCCCCAAUCGGCAACGCGAUAGCUUGGGCAGCCGCGGUAGGGAAGGAGGCUGCAGAUGAGGAGCCCGAUGUCACCGGCGCCCAAGAGGGUCUGUUCGCUGGUGCGGUCGCGUGCGCCAUCGCGAUGGUGUGGGAGACCUGCAACGGUCUCGAACUCGAGUCUGUCGCGGAUGCUGGAUACUCAGCGGCGCAGCUUGCUGGCACGCCAGAAGAAAAGGCCCGCGGUCACGCCACGAUCGUGACCGCGGUUUUCAAGUGGGCGAGGAAGGAGAAUGUUCGCAAGCAAGCCCCUGAGGUCACACCGAAGCAGAUCGCGGAGAAGAUAGAGACCGCGGUCGUGAACCGUCUUGGUGCGCGACUUGGCGACCCCACUGUAGUCGCUAUGGUCGCGCACGAGGCAGUAGACGUGCUGAUGACCUGGUGCGACUGCAAGAUCGCGGCCAAGGCGAUGGAGGCCAACGGGCUCUAUCUCGCUUUGCCGGAGAAGCGUUUGUCCGCGAAGAAGAGGUCUGCGUGA